AUGGCUUCCGGCGUGCCUGAAUUAGGGGGAUCCAAAGUCUGGAGCACUCUGAUAACAAAAACCACGUAUUUGUCUGGCCUGUUGACUCUCGAUUACUCGCUUAAAAAGGCUGGAUCGAAGUAUCCUCUCCUUGUUCUUUACACAGAUUCAUUCCCUGCAGAGGGACACAACGCUCUGGACUCGAGGAAAAUAGCGAAACGGCGUGUACCAUAUCUUCUCCCAACGACCUCGAAAGAUUACACCAACGAUGCGCGAUUCAACGACUGUUGGACCAAGCUCACAUCUUUUUCUCUUACCGAAUAUGAUCGCGUUGUUCAGCUUGACAGUGACAUGCUGGUCCUUCAAAAUAUGGAUGAGUUAAUGGAUAUUCCUCUGGAUGCGCCAAGCAAGAAUGGAACAGGUGACCGAGUGUUUGCCGCUAGCCACGCAUGUCUCUGCAAUCCGCUUAAUAAACCUCAUUAUCCUAGAGACUGGGUUCCCGCGAAUUGUGCCUUUUCAACUCAGCAUGACAAUCCAGACAUUGCGCAAACAGUUCAACCUCCAGCCACCGCAGGAUUAGGAGAGCUCAAUAGUGGCUUGCUAGUGAUUAAUCCAUCGCAAGGGAUUUAUCACAAAAUCCUAGAACAGCUUGCCUCCCCUGCAGCAUCGGAAUAUGAUUUCCCUGACCAAUCCCUCCUCGGCGAUGUCUUUAAGGGUCAAUGGGUUGCGCUGCCGUACAUAUACAAUGCGCUCAAAACACUACGAUGGAAAGGAGUUCAUGACACUAUAUGGCGCGACGAUAAUGUGAAAAAUGUACACUAUAUCCUCAGCCCGAAACCGUGGGAUGAAUUGGCAGAUGGACAAGAUCACGAUCACGAUCCCUCCCAUGCCUGGUGGAAGUCAUUGAAUGCUGAAAGACUAGCAGAAGAACAACAGAGUGGCCUCGCAGACGGUUUUUAA